AUGCUAAUGUUCUAAAAGUUGAGUCUCUCAAUAUUCUAUUCGAAAAAUAAAUAAAUAAGAUUGAUGAUAAAUGGCUUACUCAAAAUUGACAACAACCAAACCAAAUCAUGAUCAACAAAGAAUAAUGACCACUCAAACAUUAUGGCUAAAAUAUAAUGAUCGGUUCUUUUAAAUUCAUUGUGCUGCAUACUCCUGCUCUCGUGGAUGUCAUUAAAUUUUCUCUCCUCCAUCUCAUUUCACUGAUUGUAGAUUCAGGGCUUUCCGUUUUCUCAUAUCAUGGAAUCCCUGACUUGCUCCCUCAACGAGGCCAUAACUUUUGGACUCGGGAUUUUCUUCUUCUUCUACUGCUUCCCCUAUAAGCUGAGGAGGGAUGCCAGGAAAAUGAAAUUGCCUCCAGGACCACGUCCAUGGCCUAUCAUAGGAAGUCUCCAUCUGUUGGGAAACCUUCCUCAUCAGUCCCUUACCAUUCUGGCAAAGAAAUAUGGAUCCAUAAUGUUUCUCCGUUUAGGUUCAGUCCCCACUGUUGUAGUGUCUUCUCCUGCCAUGGCAAAAGAGUUCCUGAAAACCCAUGAUUUGGUGUUUGCAACCAGACCAAACUGUGCACUGGGGAAGUAUAUGUGCUAUGAUCACAAAGAUGUGGCGCUUGCCCCCUAUGGAGCAUACUGGAGGCAGAGUAGAAAGCUGUUGACGGUGGAGCUGCUCACAGUGAAGAGAAACGAUUCUUUCAAUUUCGUGAGAGAGGAAGAAGUGUCCGCCAUGGUCGCCUCCAUCUGGAAGGAAAGCGGGCAUGGAGUGCAGUGUGUGGAUGUGAAGAAGCCACUCACCUCCCUCGCACAAAAUAUUACCUGCAGAAUGUUUGCCAGCAGGACUUACUCUGAUAACGACUUGGAUGGAGGGCAUUGCUUUAUAAAAAUGGUUGAAGAGAUGCUUGCUGUGGUCGGUGAGUUUUCUAUUGGUGAUUUCAUUCCUUCUCUCGAAUGGCUCGACUUGCAAAGAAUCCGUCGUCGAAUGCAACCUCUUCACAAGAUAUUCGAUGGAUUUGCUGAAAAAGUAAUCGAUGAGCACAUGGAUCGUAGACUGGAUGAUGGAAAACUGAACGAUGGUUGUGUUAAAGACAUGGUAGAUGUGUUACUCGGCAUGGCCGAAAUGGACAGCCAGACAAUCUCACGAAACCACAUCAAAGCCAUCAUCUUGGAUAUGUUAACCGGGGGAGUGGAAACCUCGGCGAUAUUGCUAGAGUGGUCGAUGAGUGAACUGGUGAGGAAUCCUGCAACGCUUGCACGAGCGCAGGAAGAGAUGGAAUCAGCAGUGGGCAGAAAUCUCAGAAUCAAGGAGAGUGACAUCACGAAGCUCGACUACUUGCGAUGCGUGGUGAAAGAAACUUUUCGGCUUCACCCACCACUUCCUCUGCUCCUUCCCCACGAAUCAAUGGAAGACUGCAGUGUGGGAGGAUAUUUCAUUCCGCGAAAAACGAGGUUGAUUGUGAAUGUGUGGGCGAUGGGAAGGGAUGAAAACGUUUGGAAAGAUGCUCAUCAAUUUAGGCCCGAGCGGUUUAUGGGGUGUAAUAAGGAUGUGAGAGGUCAGGACUUCGAUUUGCUGCCCUUCGGAACAGGAAGAAGGGGAUGCCCUGGGAUUUCUAUGGGUCUUUCUGUUGUUGAGUUGGCACUUGCUCAGCUUCUUCAUUGCUUUGACUGGACUGUUGAGGGAGAUGUGGAUAUGGCAGAGGAGUUUAGAAUAACUGUUCCCAGAAAAAAUCCGUUGUUUGCACGCCCUUCAUGGAGGCUCGCAGUUGAAUAUCCUAUAUAAGAUACUAUUCUCUGCUAGGCAUCCUUGUUAGCUUUAUAAGCUACAGUGUUAUUAGUUUCUAUAGAUGUGAAGAAGCUAGAGUGUUAGUUUAUAUAGAUGCGAAGAAUCUAUGUACAUUAAAUCUGUGUUUAUAUCGUGGUUCUUUGGAUAUAAUUGUGAAUGUAUGUAUUAUGUUUAUAUUUAAUAAAAAGUAUGUGAAGAAAUAUGAGACAUUGCUCGUCUCUAAAA